CACACUGAACUAUGAAUCUAAACUGGCACCUCUUAGGAAAAAAUCACUGAUCAAGCAAGUUGCUAACAAUGGCUCACUCAGAGGCUCUCUUAGUGCUGGAAAACUUUAUAGCUGGCAAAUUUGUUCCUUGUUCCUCCUACAUAGAUUCCUAUAACCCAUCCACAGGAGAUGUCUAUUGCAGGGUGCCAGACAGUGGUAAAGAAGAGGUGGAAGCUGCAGUCAGAGCUGCCAAAGAUGCUUUCCCAAUUUGGUCCUCAAAAAGCCCAUUGGAAAGAUCUCAGAUAAUGAACAGAUUGGCAGACCUGAUUGAACAUGACCUGGAAGCAUUUGCCCAAGCAGAGUCAAAGGAUCAGGGCAAAACAGUUACAUUUGCUAGAACUGUGGACAUUCCUCGGGCAGCAUACAACUUUCGAUUCUUUGCCUCUUCCAUCCUUCAUCACACGACAGAGUGCACUGAGAUGGAGAGCAUGGGCUGUGUGCAUUACACCUCACGGAUGCCUAUGGGAGUUGCUGGUUUAAUCAGUCCUUGGAAUUUGCCACUUUAUUUAUUGACCUGGAAAAUAGCUCCUGCCAUUGCAUGUGGAAAUACAGUAGUUGCCAAGCCGAGUGAGAUGACAUCUGUCACAGCCUGGAUGAUGUGCAAACUCUUGGAGAAAGCAGGGAUGCCCCAUGGGGUGGUGAAUGUGGUGUUUGGCACAGGCGCCAAGGCAGGAGAAGCCCUCGUCUGCCAUCCUGAUGUGCCCCUCAUCUCCUUCACGGGAAGCACGCUCACAGCUCAGCGGAUUAUGGAGAAGAGCGCUCCACAUUGCAAAAAGCUUUCAUUGGAGCUGGGAGGCAAAAACCCUGCAAUCAUCUUUGAUGAUGCUGACCUGAACCAGUGCAUCCCAACAACCCUGCGGUCCAGCUUUGCCAACCAGGGUGAGAUCUGCCUUUGCACCUCCAGGAUCUUUGUUCAGAGGGGCAUAUACAAUGAGUUUGUGAAGAGGUUUGUAGCAGAGACUAAGAAGUGGAAGGUUGGCAAUCCCUCAGAUCCUACUGUCGACGUGGGAGCACUAAUAAGUAAAGAGCAUCUAGAAAAGGUGAGGAGCUAUGUGAAGAAAGCAAAGGCUGAAGGAGCCAAAAUCCUGUGUGGAGAAGGAGUAGAUUCCUUGGCUCUCCCAGCUGGCAACCAGAAAGGCUACUUCAUGUUGCCCACCAUUAUUGCUGAAAUCAAAGACGAAUCUUGUUGCAUGCAAGAAGAGAUUUUUGGUCCUGUGACAUGUGUGGUAGCAUUUGAUACAGAAGAAGAAGUGGUCAAAAGAGCCAAUGGUGUGAAAUAUGGCCUUGCAGCCACUGUGUGGUCCAGCAAUGUGGGACGUGUACAUCGGGUGGCACGAAGGCUGCAGUCUGGCUUGGUGUGGACCAACUGCUGGCUUGUUAGAGAUCUGAACCUGCCGUUUGGUGGGAUGAAAGCCUCAGGUAUAGGAAGGGAGGGAGCAAAGGAUUCCUAUGAGUUCUUUACCGAGGUCAAAACCAUCACAAUAAAGCACUGAAAUAAAUAAAUUGAAAAAUGUUAGGGUAAAAUAAAUUACUAAUUUGUGUUACCUUGAAUGGCUUUCUGGAAUACAGACUGCUACUGGGGCCAUCUUUUCCUCGGACUUUUGUCAAGAAACAUCAAUGACAGCUGCAAACAGACACUCCGAAUGCUAAUAUUGAAUGUAGCCUUUCAUUAGAUGAGAUAAUUGGUGUGAUGUCCACAAUUAACCCAUCCCAAAUCAGAUUGCUCUGGUAUCUUACCCUUGUGUAUGAUUUUUUUUGGAGUACUCUGGUCUCAAAAAUCUGCUUUAUAGAGGAAGAUUGGGGAAAAAAAUGAUGUACAACUGUAUCUGUGGCUGGGGAAUUACUGUGAGAGACAAAGAUAAAAGUACACUGAGAAAUUGAUACAGUAAUGAGAAGCAGCCCAUUUCCAUUAUAAAUAGCAUGUUCCACAGACCAAUCCAUUUUACAGUUCAUCAGUGUCAGGCAAGGACUGAUGCUAUAGCACACUAAAUGCCUGAGGCAGUACCUUUAAUCUCUUCAGUGGUAUUGAACUAGGGGGUCAUGAGAUUCUCAUGAUAUACAGAGGCAAUAAGCAUUUUAAUUACAGCAUGGUUUACAUUAUGUUGCUGAAAUGUCCUGACACUUGUUCCCUAACUGUUCUCAAAUUACAGCCUUUUGUCUCUUGUAGGAUUCAGUGAUGAUGUUUUUCACAUCCUCAAACACUUACUUGUCCAGAACAGAGAAUAUUCUUCAUUAGGAGAGGCUGGAAGUGACUUUUAAAAGAACCGUCUGUUGGAAUGAUAGGCUUAAUGAAGCGAUGUAUUUUGAAGAAGCAUUAAUGUUUCAUUUUAUAACUCUGUUUAGGUGUUCUGAUGACCAUGUGAUGGCAGUAGAACACCUGCUUUGUUUUUUAAACCCUCAGUCACACAUCUUGCUAGGAUAUGGUUGAACCACUAUAUUAGUGAGUGUGCUACUCUGCUUUUAUUUUAUUUUACAAAUCCUGUUUGAAAGAGCAAAAGAAACUCUGAAAUGCUUCAUUAGUUGGGGAGGCAGGAAUUUUCAGCAAGAGCAGAUGGGUUUUAUACAAUUUGUAGGUCUAGGUGGAUUCAUUCCCCCACCUGAAUCUGGUCUGAGGUCAGUUCUAAUGAACUGAUUUUUUCAUUUGGGAGUUGAUUUUGGCUUGGAGUUAAAUAAAAUAGGAGAUUUCCAUGUG